CUGUUUCCUCGGGUCUUCCACAGUAAACAUGGCGGCUGCAGCAACACCAACAGUCCCGGAGCGAACACCGAAAGCCGCGCCUCCGGGGCCGCUGCCGUUUGACUUCUCUGAGCCGCCCGUUAUCGAGGGCUUCAGCCCGCUGCCGAGGUCCAAAGAUGAGACUUUUAAAGAGAAAUUUAUAAGGAAAACCAAGGAGAACCCCUUCGUCCCGAUAGGUUGUUUGGGCACAGCAGGAGCACUGAUCUAUGGUCUCCGAGCCUUCCAUCAAGGGAAAACCAGACAGUCCCAGCUGCUGAUGAGGGGACGUAUCUUUGCUCAAGGCUUCACUGUCGUUGCCAUUAUUGUUGGCGUCCUGUCCACGGCUCUGAAACCCAAACAGUGAAGACGGACCAGUCCCACUCCUCUGCCACGGUCCGUUCAACUUGGAGUCAGACCAGAUCCAACUUGGAAUUGGACUGUUCGAAUAAACUGAAUGAUUUAUUAUGUUCCCGACAUUGUUCAGACACAUAUGUUGAGGCCAACAUUAUUUAUUGCACAAAAACUGCUCAUAGUGAUAAAAUAUUUUUGCUCUAAGUUAGCAGAAUCAGCUCCUUACCAGACCUAGUAAGCCAGCUGGACUUUUCUUUAACUGUGCUAUAACAGCACCCCUUGUAUUGUCAUCAUUGUUAUAUUUUAUCACACCUGACUGUGUCUUCUGAUAUAAAUUUUGAUUUGAGCCUGGUCUCUUGUGUUUCAAACAUCACACAGCUCUACUCAGGUGCCAUCUACUCCUUACACAGCCUGUAUUUAAUGGGAUGUAGAAAAAACAAAAUCAGAGUUGCAAUUAAUUGUAAGCAGUUAUGUGGACGGCGACACAGGUCAGGGUCAAGGUUCACUUUGAACAUUAGACAGGAUUUCAUGUCACUUGAAGACAAUGAAGGACUUUUAAUGUAUGAAAAACGCAACCACACUGUGAAAUCACUUCACCUGUAUGCAGAGAAUUUCGUUAUGCAGUUAAGUGAGAAAUGGAACAGUGAUUUAACAUAAAGAAUUAAACACAAAACUUACAGCUG